GACGAACCCGAGGCCCCAAGUCGAAAAACUCCGGCGCGCGCCGAGGCUAUAGCGCGCUCGAACCCUUUUCCGAACAGCCGCCGACCGACGAAGCAAUACGCACGCACUCCGACGACGCACGAGGGACGUUUCGGCACGACACAGUGGUCACUGCUCUGGCCGCGUGAUCUCUCUGAUUGCGGAAGCUCCGAGCUUCUCAAAGAGAAGACGCGACUCGCUCCCUCGCGCCAGAGUUUGCCGCGUCAGCAGCGAAGACGAGAGAAGAGCAGGCAGCCGAGGAACGACUGGCAACGCGUCCAUCUCCGAGCGAGACCAUGGCGUUCCAGCGGCCAUUCCUCAUCAUCCUCAAGCGUGAAGAGCCCGGCCAGCCCUGGGGAUUCAGGGUCUCCGGUGGCGCCGACCUAGCUACGCCCCCCAGGGUGGACAAGGUGGUCGACGGGGGUCCUGCGGCGCUGCAGGGGAUGCACGAGGGCGACCUCAUCAUACAAGUGGGGAAGCACAACGUCCAGGAUCUGACCGAGGCCCGCAUCAACGCCCUGCUCGCACAGCCUGCCAAGAGGCUCGAAGUCUUCAUCGUCAGAGAAGACUUUCUCCAGAAGCCGAGAAAGGGCGAGCCCUCGACAGUGAAGGCAGUUGUACACAACCAGUACAACUCGCCCCUGCAGCUCUACUCGCAGGAAAAAGUCGCCGAGACUUUGGCAUAUCACGCCCAGGCUAUCACCGCCGAGGACGGGGUCAACAACAUCCAACCCGUGGGGCUGCCCCAGACCCUCGUUCGCUCCGCUGUUCUACAGGCUCUGAGCGAAGACGAAAUUGGUGGAAACCCAUAUCGAACCGCGAACGGGACGACUGCGGUGCAGAGGGUUACUGCGCCUCCAACACCUCCGCCAAAACCGCGGCCUCCAUCUUAUAGCGGUGGACCGCCGCAGCCAGAGAGGCCGUACUCUUCGUCCGGGCACCACGUGACCUUCUCCAGCCCGGGAACUCCCGGUACGCCUCCUGUUCAGCAGCACCACACCUACAUACCGCCUCCCCCGCCGCUGCAUAGCUACCAACAGCCCAGCUACCAACAGCCAGCUUACCAAGAGCCGGCUUACCAACAGCCGAGCUACCAGCAGCAACCAGCCAGCUAUCCGGCUCAACACGCGCGGCAGAGCAGCUACGAGGAGCUCGACGAGCGUCAGCAGAAGAUUCGCGAAGCCGAGCUUAGGCAGCGCCAGUACGAGGAAGAGCGCCUGCAGCAGGCGCAGUACGAAGAAGGCCGCUUCCGCCAACCACCGCAGGACUUCCGACGCGUAGAGUUCGACGCCGAACAGAGGAGGCUCCGCGAAGCAGAAGAGCGCCGCCGACGCGUGCUUCAGGAGGAAGAGAGCAGGAGGCGCCAGGAGGAGGUGCAGCGCCAGAGGAGACUUGAGCAGGAGGAACAGGAGCGCCAGCGGCGCCAGGAGCAGCAGGAGUACGAGCAGUACCAGCAGCACCAGCAGCAGUACCAGCGAUACCUUGAGGAGCAGAAGAGUAGGGAGGACGAGCUGAGGCGGAGGAACGCCGAGCAGCAGCAACAGCAGCAGCAACAAGAGGCCGCCCGCCGCCGGCAGUUCGAAGAGCAACAGCGAAGGGCCCAGCAUCAGCAGUAUCAGCAGCAACAACAGCAGCAGGUGCGCUUCCAGAACGCUCAGCGGGAGCCGCUGAACGUGCAGCGAGCCCAACAAGAAGCCCAGAAGCGCUACCAACAGAGUACAGCCGUGGCCAGUUCGCCGCAGCACCAGGAGCAGGUGGGCUCUCAAGCGCAGCGCUGGGAGAAUAGGAUCUGGGAGGAACAGCAGUCCAGGAUGCCCGGCACGCCUUUAGGAUCGCCCACGGUCUCGCGCCGGGCGCGCGACAACGUGUGGCCACCAAAGGAAUCGAGCGUGCGAUGGACACCUAAGACGGGAUUUUCCCCGCAACUGACACGUCAAAGUUCGCAGGGCGCCAAGCAGUUCGUGUGGCCACCACCCAAAUCCGGCGUGGCCAACGGAGACGAAGGCGGCUUCCCGUCUCGACCUCCGAGCCGCUCGACCUUGAACGCGUGGCACCCGCCGCAGUCGCCCACGUCUGGCACGCGGACGCCGCCGUUCGCGCGGUCUCCGUCGCUGGGCCGCCGCACGCGCGACAUCGCCUGGCCGCCGCCGCAGGCCGAGUCCUCGCCCAAGUUCGAGCCGAGGCCCGUGAGCCGCAGCGGCCUGCACCGGCCCGACGAGUACAUCCACCAGAACGCCAGCUGCGGCGUGCCGGCCACCUACAGGCCACCGCCGAACUCCUCCCAUUACCUGUAGAGCGUCCCUUCCCUUCGGAGCCGCGUAGGGUUCCCUUACGUCCCCCGCCGUAGGAGAUGUGCGGGAACGCUGCCACCACACCUCCGCGCCCUAACACUGCGUGCGCACACCGUCCCCCGUUGCACCUCGUUUUCCCUUCGCACCGCGCGCACGCACGCUCCCCAGACCACGGCCCUUUUUGCGCCUUCGCUGUGCUACCGGACAGGUUCUUCAGACGGAAGCCAGGCCGCUGCUGUUUCGAUGCCGUGAAUCGCACGGGGUCUCUACCUCCCGAUUGACCUGCUAGCAUAAAUGUUAAGCUCACGCUUGUUCUCAAGCAGCAAGAUGACGUUAAUGUGACUCGACCACAUUUCGGUGCGGCCACACCUGAAUUGCAACACUUUGAGUGUGUUUAGCCUUCGUAAAUAUAUCUCGACGACUUGCAGGACGGAUAGUGCCUCGUGCUUGCUACAAAACCGAAUAAGGCUGUCCUCGUUCCGAGUGACUUCACUCACGCGGCUCUACGCUAUAAACUCAGCGACAGGGAUUUACUUAAAAGUAAUGGAGUACUAAGCUUCACCGUAUGCUAAGCGGCCGUGGUCUGUGGAGCCGGUAUACCACCCCGGCGUGAUGGACUAGAAAGAUAUGGGGAGUGGUUAGAUACGUGAUCUUCCUGGUGCAUGUUCUUCGCAUGGUUAUUGUUUUAUUUUAUAAUGAAAUAUAGCGUGGUGGGCUGACUGCUCGAAGUGAUACGGCGAGGUGACAAGGUGACAACAAAUGUCCGGCAAAUGGAAAGUAAAUGACUAGCGCGAUGUUCAGACAAGAGCGCCUAAUCCAAAUAGACGUAAACAAACAAACAAUAAAAACUGACGCUAGGACCUUCAUUUAGGUUACACUCACCCGUCACAUGGUCCGCCCAUGAACAGAAUACUCGACCAUGUGCGGCUGGAACUUGCACCAGGGACGUCACCCUUUUUUUGAGCUGCACACACACACACUAACUGAACAGAUUGCGAAGAUUUCGCAAUAUAUUAUAUCAGCCUGAGAAACGAAGAAGUCGAAUUCGUUGCCGGGUGACCUGAAGGGUAGAUUUAGUGUGUAGCUGCACCGCGGAAAUUGUCACAAUUAUUUUAGAGAGACGUUCGCGAGACGUUGGAGUUUUUCACUGCUUAUUUAAGUUUGUCUGUGUUAUAUAAGCCCGCCUCUUUGCGGAUUGUACAUGCGCUCUGCACCAUUGCCUGGUGUACUAUUUAUUUUUCUUCUUAAGUGAAGCCAAUUUACAAAGCACUGCUUACGCAUGGUUAUUCGUGGCAUAAAUGCUUUUUUAUUAAAUUGCGAGAAAAAAGGCUUUUACAAACUACACGCGCACACACAUUUAAAAGAAAAACUGUGAUACGAUAUGAAAGGGCGAAAGUAUUCUACAUUUCGCCCGUUGGCGCCAAUAACAUUUUUUCAAAGUGGCUUGGUGACCUAACAUAUUCUGCCCUCCGACUUCUGCCCACGAUUAACAGACCAGAGGGAAGUGUGACUGUAAAUAUACAGCGACGCAGCUGGUUUUACUCUGCACAUAAUCUGCCUCACUUUUACUAAACCAAAAAUACUAACACUGACUCAGGACCAGCGGGCCCACAGAUCACGCCUUUACCAAGCGGUGUGCUGUCCUUGUUAAAGUCGGGACGCCGAAUUCGCACGUGAUGCGUGACCUGCUACCUCUGUCAGGAAAAGAGAACGAACGUUAUUAGGCAAUGCUCUUGCAAAAACGCGUUCAGAACAUCAAAGCUUUAGGCGAGCGCGCAUUUUUAAGAAAAUUGUUAUACGCCUGAAUUUCUGUUUGGGUGCUGUUUUUUAUGUUGAUGUUUCAAUAAAUGAUAAAGAAAAAGAUA